GUAUCUGAGAAAAUGGAGUGAAGAGCAUCCUCUGGACUCCCUCGAGCCCACUGUGAGUCAAAAAAUUGUAGUAAUAAAAAGAGCAAUUGCGGCCAAUUUCUCGGUAACUUCGCGGACAAAAGCGGAGGGACAGGGAGGGAGCGGCGAGAGGGGCGACGAAAGUAUAUAUUGUUAGGGCUUGAACUUUGAUUCUCUGGAUUACUCUCAUUCCGAUGGAAUCUUGGCAUUACCCCGAUGGCAACAUUAACGACCUCCUGGAGAGCAGGCGCAUCGACUCUCUCCAGGAUAUGAAUUAUCGGCUGCAAAUGCACUCAUCUUUGGUUCGAAGGCUUGCCCUUGAUAAAGUCAUGGAGGGCCAUCAUGGUUGUGUUAAUGCAAUUUCUUGGAAUUCGAGCGGCUCAUUAUUGAUUUCUGGAUCAGAUGAUACCAGAGUUAAUAUAUGGAGCUACCCUACUGGUGGACUGAUUCACAGCAUUGAUACCGGGCAUUCUGCAAACAUAUUUUGUGCAAAAUUUGUUCCAGAGACAUGCGAUGAACUUGUAGUUUCCGGUGCAGGUGAUGCAGAGGUUCGCAUUUUCAAUAUAUCUCGGGAAAGACGGGAAAGAGUGGUGAGAGAGAAAAGUGGCAAUAUUAGCACUUUGGAACCAUCGGCAUUUUUCCAGUGCCAUUCCAGACGAGUCAAGAAGUUGGCUGUUGAAGUUGGCAAUCCUAAUGUAGUGUGGAGUGCAAGUGAGGAUGGGACUUUAAGGCAACAUGACAUGAGGGAAUGUUCUACUUGCCCUCGUGCUGGUUCUUCUCGCCAGGAAUGACAUAAUGUUCUUCUUGACCUUCGCUGCGGGGAAAAAAAUUCUCUAGCUGAUCCUCCGAAGCUUUGUUUAUUACUGAAAUCUUGUGACAUAAGUACCACCCGACCCCAUCAAAUUGUUGUAGGGGGCAGUGAUGCAUUUGCUCGAUUGUAUGAUAGGAGAAUGCUUUCUCCAUCGAACUCUUGCAUGAACAAUGCAAAACCACCUCCCUGCAUUAAUUAUUUCUGUCCAAUGCAUCUUUCAGAGCAUAGGAGGUCAAGUUUGCAUUUAACCCAUGUUGCAUUCAGUCCGAAUGGAGAUGAAUUGCUAUUGAGUUAUAGUGGAGAGCAUGCUUAUCUGAUGGACGUUAACAUUGGUGAUCAGGAUAUCGUGAGGUAUACGGCUGAUGAUAUUUCAAAGCUGUUAUCAACCAACAGCUAUAGAGAAACCGGUGUACUACCACGUAAAACUAGUACAGGCCAAUUCAAUGGAAGUAAACACCAUUUGAGAAGGCUUGAAAUGUGCAAGACAUUGGUGCAAGCAGCAGCAAAAACCUUAGGAGGAGGAUCAAAUGUUUUUCAUGGAAUUGAUAUGUGCAAUGAAGUGCUUCAUGGUAAAGGUCCUGAUGUUGGCCUUGCAAUACGGCAUGAGUGCUUGUGCAUUCGAGCAGCUUUGCUUCUUAAGAGAAAAUGGAAAAAUGAUGUUCACAUGGCUAUAAAAGAUUGUAACAAUGCUCGAAGCAUUAAUCCGACAUCUUUUAGAGCAUACUACUACUUGUCUGAAGCAAUGAUGCAGUUACGGAAACACAAAGUAGCCUUAGAUUUUGCUUUGGCUGCAUGUGAAAUAGAUCCAACAAACCCUGAGGCUACAGAAAAGGUGGUAAGCAUAAAGGAUCAUAUUGCUGCAGCGGAAGCAGAAAAGAAUAAAGAAGGCAAUGAGGAUCCAACUCGGGGAAGGGUGCGCCAUGGAAGAUUGAGGUCAUUGAGUGAUCUACUCUACCCAAGAGAAUUCAACAAUGAGGAUUCCCCAGAGGGUCAUGAAUUUGAGAGAGUUGAUUCUGACUAUGAUGAUGAAAUGGAAGUGGACUUUGAAACUUCAAUAUCUGGGGAUGAAGCCCAUUACAAUGAUUCAAACAUUUUCCGUGGAAGUUUAAAUUUGAGAUUUCACCAAAGAAAUGAUUUAAACAUUGAAAACAGUGUUGCCAAUGGUUUUCAUGGCCCCUCAGCUCAAGAUGAGACUUCUUAUGAGGCUGAAGCCGCUAUUGAUAUGAAACAAAGAUAUGUUGGCCACUGCAAUGUUGGCACAGACAUAAAACAAGCCAGCUUUCUUGGACGUCAAGGUGAGUUUGUGGCAAGUGGCAGUGAUGAUGGGAGAUUGUUUAUUUGGGAGAAGAGAACAGGAAGACUGGUUAAAGUGCUUCUUGGAGAUGAAACUGUUGUCAACUGUGUCCAGUGCCAUCCAUUUCAUUGUGCCAUUGCAACUAGCGGAAUCGAUAGUACAAUCAAGAUGUGGAGCCCACUUGCGCAAGUUCCCUCAAUGGUUGCUGGAGGUGUAGCAGGACCAGAGUCUGCUGAUUUUCUUAGCCUCAUGGAAAAUAAUCAGCACAAGUUAUUGCAUAAUCGUGAGACUUCUUUGCCUUUUGACUUCCUUGAGAGAUUUAGGAUGCAUGAGUUUGCUGAAGGAACCUUACAUCCUUUCGAAUGUGCUCAGAGCUGAUUAUUGGGAUCAUACCUCUUAUCAACCUCCAUUUUUUUUCCAAGGGAUUUGGGAUUGGAGCCAGUGACUUGAAAUUACAAUCUAAAAUAAGCUGUUCUGUUUUCUGGAGGAUUCGACUCUGCUGCUUGCUUAUAUAAUGAUUUGACUUCACAUUUCUAAUUGCAGUUGAGACCGAUUAUAGUUUUACAUAACAAGCCAAAAAAAAUGUGAGCUGAAGGCUGUAGAAUUUUGGGCAGGAAAGCUGAUUUAUAUGUUUUUUGUUGAUAUAUAUUUGACCUGAUUGGGACUCAUUGAGGUUUAAUGUAAAUAAUGUGUGUAAAUUGUUCAUAGUGUUGGCGAGGAAUCUGUAUUCAAAUCUUUCGGACUCUUUGUACAUACAAUAUUUGGGAUGCAAUUUUGGAAUGUGUA